AUGACCCAGUCGCGUGAAGAUUCCGUCUACCUCGCCAAGCUCGCUGAGCAGGCAGAGCGUUACGAGGAGAUGGUCGAGAACAUGAAGCGUGUCGCAUCGUCAGACCAGGAGCUCACCGUCGAAGAGCGCAACCUACUGUCCGUCGCAUACAAGAACGUCAUCGGUGCACGCCGUGCGUCAUGGCGGAUCGUUUCCUCGAUCGAACAGAAGGAGGAGUCCAAGGGUAACGAGGCGCAAGUAGUAAUGAUCAAGGGCUACCGGGAGAAGAUCGAGACCGAGCUUGCAAAGAUUUGCGAAGACAUUCUCGAGGUUCUCGAGAAGCACCUGAUCCCCUCUGCUGCGUCCGGAGAAUCGAAGGUGUUCUACCACAAGAUGAUGGGUGACUACCACCGUUACCUCGCCGAGUUUGCAACUGGCGACAAGCGGAAAGAGAGCGCUGACAAGUCGCUCGAGGCCUACAAGGCUGCAUCCGAUGUCGCUGUCACUGAGCUUCCCCCGACACACCCCAUCCGUCUCGGUCUUGCGCUCAACUUCUCUGUGUUUUACUACGAGAUUCUCAACAGCCCCGACCGCGCAUGUCAUCUCGCGAAGCAGGCGUUUGACGAUGCUAUCGCCGAGCUCGACACACUCUCGGAAGAGAGCUACAAGGACUCGACCCUCAUCAUGCAGCUCCUCCGUGACAACCUCACUCUCUGGACGUCUGACAUGCAGGAAAACGGUAACUAG